CAAAAUAAUCAAAAGGGGUUUAGUAACCCGGCCGCGAAUCAAUUUACCACCCAAAAAUGGAAACCCUACAGAAAAAGUUUAUUUACUACAGCCGACGAAAAUCCUUCCGCUACGGAGUACCGUUUCUGCUGCUCAUGGUCGGCGGCUCCUUCGGAUUACAACAGUUCGCGCAGAUAAGAUAUGCCGUAUCGAAGAAAGGUUCGCUUACGAGAGAAGAAGCGAAUAAGGUUGGCGUGAACAUGAAAAAGCAGGAAGAUGUAACGCUCGAAGGUGAAUACGAGAAAAUUAAGACGCUUGACAUAGACCACUGGGAGAACGUGCGGGGACCACGGCCGUGGGAAGAGUCAGCACCUGCGAAGGAGACUAACAAAUGAUGGACAACAGUGAUAAUGGUUAGGAUAGUAGGGUUUCGCUAGAAAAUACAUUUCUUUAUUUGCUUCAGCGUGA